AUGCCGGAUGCCGAGGCCAAGUACUCCAGUGUGCCUCGUUGGAUCUCCUUCAAGGCUCCGUCGAAUGAACAGUCUCACCAGCUGUCAUUACUUGGUCCCUUUCCAGAUAAUUUCACCGUUGUGCCGCAGCUCAAUCCAGCCAUCGGAAACAUUGUGCCAUUCUUUCAGAACACAGACAAUGGCGAAACGACAUUCUGGGACCCAAGUAUCGACUGGACAGAACUCGAAGUCAAAUCUACGGACGGCCCUUCUUAUAAGAUUGGAGGCCCUCCAGGCGAAUCUGAGCGGCAUGCGCCUACCUCUGACUACUCCUUCAAACAUGGUACCGAGCUUGUGGAGACCAAAUUGAUUUGA